AUGCUCUGCCCCACCCCAAAGGUCAGGGACCAGUUCUAUGAGGCAUUGGAUGAGACAAUAUUCAGGAACCCCAAAACUGAAGGAUUAUACCUACUAGGAGACUUCAAUACUAGAGUGGGAGCUUACUGUGACACUUGUCCCUCCUGCCUCGGUUGUCAGGGCAUAGGCAGGAUGAAUGAGAAUGGACAGUGGCUGCUGGAACUGGGCUGCCACCACGGACACCCCCGUUCUCGACACUGGCACCAGCUCGACCUUGUCCUCACCAGGCAUGCAAACCUAAGAAGUGUUCUUCACACGAGGAGCUUCCACAGCGCAUACUGCAACACAGACCACUCCCUAGUAGGCUGCAAUGUGAGACUGAGAGCCAAGAAAAUACAUUGCUCCAAAACCAAGGGCCUCCCUCGCAUCAACACCUGUUGCUCCAAUGACCCUGAGAGUUCUCGCCACUUCCAAACCACCUUUAGCACGCAGGUUGACACAUCCUCCUUCAGUGCUACUGACAUCGACAGUAGAUGUCACCACCUCCUUCAUGCCAUAUACAUCUCAGCCCUUACUGCGUUCAGGAAGAAGGAUCGUCAAAAUGCAGACUGGUACAAAGCUCACUGGGAUGAAAUGCAGCCAGCCUCUGAGGCCAGGAGUCACUUUUGGCCUACAAGCAAAACUCUUGUAUCAAUACCUGCGAUGCCCUCAGAGUUGCUUGCAGCAAGGCUCAACAGACUACACGCCACUGCACCAACAACUACUGGCAGAACCUGUGCAGCAGGAUCCAGAUGGCUGCCAACAGUGGAAACGCAAGAGGCAUGUACGCUGGCAUCAAAACUGCCACCGGUCACACUCCCAUCAAGACUGCUCUGCUGA